CAACUCGUUCAACACGCAAACUCCAAUGGAAAAACGUCGAUAAGCGUUGUCGCGCGUUCUCGCUAACCAAGUCGAGAGCGACAGGGUAGAGAAAACCACGAACGGGGAUCCAUAGCGAAGGGUGGAUCGAACAGUCAAAUCCAUCGAUCACACCAAUCGAUCACCACGGCACGUUCAAGACAGAUAACAAAAUGGAGGUAAUACUUUUAAUUAAUUUGUGUCUCGGCCUAGCAACUGGUCACUUUCGUGGACCGCAUCAUCCUAAAAGUAGCAUAUCCCAUCAUCAUUAUACACCGCAAAAUGAAAUCAAAUUAACACAAGAUUCCGAGCUCCUUCACGAUGCAACGCAUCUGAAGGAGGACAUCGGUCCCAUGGCCGAUCAACUCGAUUUUUCAAAAAUGACAGAACAGGAAAUAGAGUUCCACUACUUUCAAAUUCACGAUGUCGACAAUAAUACGAAAUUAGACGGAUUAGAAAUUCUUCACGCUCUUCAACAUACUUUACAUAAGGAUGAUGAAGAAAACGCGACGUUAUCGGAAGAAGAAUUGUCGUGGAUCGUAGAGCUAAUAGAUAAAGUAUUGGCAGAGGAUGAUUUAAACAAGGACGGCUAUAUAGAAUACGUUGAAUUUGUAAUGGGAAGAAAGAGAGAUCAUGACACGCUAGAGAAACGAAACAAACUAAGAAUCGGAACGUGA